UAACCGACAAUUAGUAUGCACUUGCAUUUCAAACACACGACAUGGAACGUCUAGCAUUUUCAUACACACUUUUAGUAGUAUUUAGUGUUGUUUUCAAUAAUUUUCAACCUUGCCAGACAUUCCCAGAAGACGCACAAAUUCAAAGUACGGUGCAACAGGACGUUGGUUCAUUGGGCAGUCGAUUUGAUACGGAUGAACCAGCGGCAAAUAGAGACGUGAACCAGGAAAUUGAUGUAAAAAAAUGUGGUAUACCAAAUCAAAUGGGCUUAAAUAAAUAUGGAUUGGAAUUUUUGUCAUCGGCACACUCAAAAGCAGGAGAAUUUCCAUGGACUGUAGCAAUUCUGCGAAAGUUAAAUCGUGACUCACGAAGAGAAACGCUUCUAUAUUCCGGAGCCGGGGCUUUAAUACACCCAUCGGUUGUGCUAACGGCUGCAAACAAACAUCAUGCAACCAAGAUGGACCUAAUACGUGCUGGUGAAUGGGAUUUUUCCUCCUCCGACGAAGAGCACCCAUAUCAGGACCGAUCAAUCGAGAGUGUACAAAAUAUUGACGAAAACGAUGCGGAUUCAGUGCAACUGAUAUUUGUAACGGAGCCAUUUGUUCUAACAAACAAUGUACGAACAGUGUGUUUACCAUUUCCAGUAGCACCAGCAUCACCGUCGACAACUGUGGCAUCAACGACCGUCAUACCAGAUACACGUGAAUGUACCACGGCAGCAUGGGGACAACAGAAUUGUAGCGGUUUAAAAGGAUUGCAUUCGAUUUUGGGCCGUCAAUCGAUAUCAACGGACAAUAAACGGCCCAAUGCGUGUGAAGCUGAUUGGCAGCAAUACCUUGAAGAUAACACAUUCAAAUUGAAAAGCAAUCAAUUUUGCACAAAACGAAAGCACAACAUCGAUGAUUCGUGUUUCUGUGAUCAUGGUGCGGCUCUCUUCUGCGCAAUACAGCCAGCCGGUGAAGCGAUUCGCUACGAACAAAUCGGUGUAUCCAUCGCGUCCGGUGGUUGCACAAAAGAUUUACCAGGCAUUUUCUCAAGCGUUGCAGAACAAAGAGCAGCUAUCGAUGGAAUAUUCAACGAAAAAGGCUUGGAUACAUCAUAUUAUACAGCAUAAAUGAAACUCAUCAUUACGUCUUAAGUCUCAGUUUUCUUUUUAGCGACGCAACAACAAAAAAAUACAUAGAAAGUCUUAUUUGUGACACAUUUCAAUAGGAUUAACUUUAAUUCUAGCGCAUUAGUACGUUGCCUAGUUCAAUUUGUGUAAAUCAUUUCGUUGAAUGGCUAAAGGAAAUGAUUUGAAUCAGAGCGGCGCACCGGCAGUUUGAAUACAUGCAACAACAUUGUAAUCAUAUUUCAUCAAGUUUAUUGCGAGAUUAUGGAGAAUCACAAAUCAGCAGCGCUUCAAAGCAUCAGAAUAUAAAAUAACAGAGAAAAUAACAAUUUUCCCCUUUCCAACUGACAUCGACGCUUUUAUGUGGUAUUUUUUGUCAUAUUAUUUGAUUAAAUAUUCAUGCAAUAAAUUUCAUUUAAAGCGACAGAAAAAAAGGUCAAUUUUUUCAUCAUUCUAAAUGAAAAACAACGAGAAAAAAAACAGUAAAUGGAUUCUGUUGACAGUCAUACAUUUGAAACAAAUUAAAACUUAUACAAGAGUGUCAAUGCAUAAUUCAUUCGCAUAAGCUGAUUCACAAUUAGUUCAUUAAAAUUAA